AUGAAUAUAAAAGAUUUACUACACAAUGAAAUUAUCAUAAUAAAAAUAACCGAAUUUUUGACCAUACUGGAAAUUCAAAAUUUAAUCAUUUCGCUGAGAAUUAAUGUUAAGACGAACUUGUACUUUAUGAAUGAGUGCCUGUCCAUAUUGAUGGACAAGGAAUACACGGGGGAAGAGGAGGGAGAGGACGCAAAGGAAAAUUCAGGAGUAAAGGACAAAGUUGAAAGGAACGAAGAAGAGCCACCCCCGUCUUCAGCUAUAGCUAGAUCGAAUCUAAGUGCGAACCAGAAUGAUAGGCGUAGCCCCUUCGAGGAAAACGAAACACGUGAGAGGAAUCCCAAUUGGAGUAGAACGACUGUACAAAAUGAGCCCUACCCGAACGGGGAAGUAAUCGAUUUGGUGACCUACCAAGAAGCGCACGCGAAUAAUUUGGAGCACCCCCCAAACGAGGAAGCAACAAAGCGAAAAACAAAAUCGAAACAAAGCAGCUAUAAAAACUUUUACCAAAAGAACAUAAAAAAAGUUGGGAGCAUGCGAUCAAUUAGGGAAUGCUUGAAAAUCGAUUUUUACUCGAAAGGGAAGAGACCGCUACACAAUAGAAACUCCCAAAAAGAAGGAAACAGAUGGUUCAGAAAAAUUUGGCUGUACACACAUCUCUACCACGAAAUAAUAGAUUUGAAAAAAAAAUUUAAAAACGGAUUUUUAAAAAUAAACAAUAAUGAAAUGGUGCCUAAAAAUAGGAUCAAACGGUUUGAUCUUUUUCAGCUUUUCAAAAUUAAUGGAAAAUUUUAUUCCAUUUUUGAUGCCCCUUGGGUUUCUGUAUAUUUCCAAUUUUGCUUAAAUGCCAUUUGCAUCUUCUGUCAACAGAAAGUUGACAGGAAUUCCUUAUGUGUAUUUGCAGAGAAAAUUAAUUUAACUGUAUCAAAUAAAUUGCUUUUAAAUUAUUUUAAUCAUAUUAUAAAAUCGGGGGAGCGUAACGUGCACGUAAACAAGGAGGAUAAUAGUGGUCAGGCCAUUACAGAUCACGCCCCUGAGGGAGGGGAUGGCGAAUUGGGGGAGCCCCCACAAAAAAGGAAAAAAAUAAGCGUCGAUUCUACUGAGGAUUGUUACGAACUCGAUUGUGCAUCCCUCAAGGGUCAACACAGCGGUGAUGAUUGCGACAAUGAUGUGCGCAAGGAGGAUAACGCGAACGCCUGUUGGUGGCGUAGAAGUGUUGACACCCUUCCGCUCGGGGGGAAGAGCGAUUCGAUUUCCAUGAAAGAUGUGAAGGGUUCCUUUAUGGGAAGUCAUCACGAUUCAUCCUCCCCGAGGGGUGCGAACGAUUCCUUCUCCAUGGGAGAUACGGAAAGUUCGCUCGCCAUGAGGGACAUGGAUGACCGCCUCUCCCUGAGAGACACGAACGAUAGCACCUCGUGGGGCGGAGGGAGCACCUUCGGUGGCAUUUCGUGGCAAGGCACAAACGACGACGCGCCGCUCAACUCGAAACCCCCGCAGAGCCGCUCGAAAAACCAGCCGAACGAAGAACUCGUUCAAAUCAGAGAAGAAUUCCUAGCCGUAAGAAAAACGCACAUUUUCUGCGACGAUUGCUCAAGGAUCCUGGAGUACCGAAUGAACAUCAAGUCUAUCUUUGAAGCGUUGAAAAAAGAUUACGAAUUGUUAAAAAAACUGAAAAUCAUGACAAAGACGUUUAAGAUCCCCAAACAUCUUUUUUGUAUGUGUAAUUAUUUUUUUUUUAAGGACAAAUAUAUUUUGUAUUUUAAAAAAGUCUCCAAUAAUUUGCAAAGUUUGAGAAAAAUAUUAAAAAAAAAAUUAAUAAACAAUUUUAUAUUUACCUUUUCGCUAAAUUUUUACAAAUUUGUAAUUCGAGCACUGCUAACAUGUGAUGACAAGAAAAUUUACCAUUCCGAGGACAUCUUCCUGUUUGGCUUUUACGUCAAGUAUAGGAAUUUACUCAAUAUGUUUAACAGCCCCAGGAUUAUCUAUGUUUACUACUCCUUCCAUGUCAUUUUGGAAAAGAUUAAAAAGCUUCAGCUUCUUUUCACUCAUAAGCAUUUCUUAAAGUUGACGCAUGAUCUGCACUUUGACGUCGUUGCUAUAAUUGAGAAGCUCAAACGAUCUGAUGCCAAGAGGAUUUACAGGGGCAUUUCCAAGUACAUCUAUGACCAUGUGAAUGAAGACAUGUUAUCCACGACCAGCUACGAGGAACUAUACGUGUACUUUUUCCAGUGCGUGAAGAAUUACAGAUUUGUCUAG